AUCGAUGUGCAGGCCUUCGGGACUCAGACACAAAGAGGGAGAGAGAUAGAGAGAGAGUUAGAGAGAGAGAGAGGAGGGGGGAGGGGAAGAAUAUGGAAGUGCUGGUCCGUGCGUCUGUAGUCUGAACCCGAUGUACUUCAAAAGGUCCGCGCAGAGUAAAUUGCGUCAGUGGAGUGGGAGUGGGAGUGGAGUGGAGUGGAGGGGAGUAAAGUAGAGAGCAGGGCAGAGCAGACAUACUGUUGGAGUUGGGGUGAAGUUGGCCUGCCUGGCCUCCAGGUCCUGACGGUUUUACAGUUCGAGCCUACAGUAGAUAAGGGAGGGGCUGUAGAAUUCGAAAUGAGGUAAUGAGGUACGAAGGGAUCGCGAGGGUGGAGGAGGGGAGGGAUGGAGGGAUGGAGGGAGGAAGGAAGGAGGAGGCACGCAGGGAUACACUGUGCUCGAUUAUGCGGAGAAAGCAGGUGAAACGCGAGAGUGAAAAUGGAAAGAGCGUGCUUCCGAUGGGAUUAGCUGCAAGCAACCCACAGAAACGAGGAGUAUGCAAGCGCCCGUGAGGUGGUGCUUGCAGCCAAAAGGAACGUGUGUGGGUCAGAGUUGUUUCUGGGUUUCAGCGAAACGAUUGUCCAAUCUCCAGCUAUGGAAUUGGGUCUAGAGCUAGUAGCUUAGGGGCAGCGGACGAGACGAAAGCGGUACAACUGCCAUACGUCACGUCCACCGCGCUCGUCCCGUGUCACCAGAAUGAUCGUGAGCUGAAGAAGCUGUGAGCUUCGCUCCCUCCGAAGCUGGACUGUUGCCUUUUGCUGCUGCGAAUUGUUAUUCUUCGAUCCCGAGAGAGGGAGGGAAAGGGAGAGGGAGAAGGAGAGGGACGGAGGGAGAACGAUACGAGCGACCGGAACGCCAAGCGAUGGGCGGACGAGGUCGCAGGUGGGGACAACACCAUCCCAAUUUCCUCCACCCGAGGCAGGCAGACCCUCAUCAUCUGGGUGUGGCAAAAUCUGUACUGAGGAAGUAUCGGAGAUGAUGGAAAACCAGAAUGGGCAUGCAAGAUUGCAACGCUGUUCCUGUUGCAUCUUUCGCGUGUUUUGUGAACGAGUUCGUCAGCGUCGCUGCUAUGGGAACGAGGUGGCACAACUUCAAGUCCUGUCGAGCUUGACUCAUAGCACUUGAAUGGUUCCACUGUACUACUGCUGCCACUGCUGAUGCUGCCUUGGCCAGCUCUGAGCAGAAUUGACAUGGACCACAGAAAGGCAGCGCAGUCUCACGGUGAUGGACGCAGACAUGCAUCCAGUAGAGAGACGACAAUCCAACUGCUUCUGCUACUGCUAAUGCUGCUGGAUGCUGCUAGUUUCAAGAUGCUCUCUGCUUUCGCUUCUGGUCCAUUGGCAAUCUCGACUCUGUAAGAAUGCACUCGUCUUGAUCACAUGCGCACGCUGACCCGAUUCCUCGCUCUCUCGUACUCUUAAUCUUACCAUAAGUCACUCCAGGUCAGCUGCUUCAGAACAAAUCUAGUCUCAUGCACUGCUUGUCGAUUUAAUGUCCCUCUGCCUGCAACCGAUGCUUAAACUGGAAAGAAAUCAGGACUGGAGGGUAUCCUUCGCCCCACUCUUGUGCGUGGCCGUGGGCCGAGCUGACUCGUGGCCUGUCCAUGAAGCUGGAUAUGGAUUUCGCACUCGAUCACUGCGCGGAUAAGAUGCCUCGGACUCAAACUGGAGACGGAUCAUCAGCCGAACCAAAGUGUACAUAGCAGCAGCUCCAGUUGUCUCGGUCCAUUCUGCGCUGGCCUCAGAAUGCGUAUGCCUGAGGUGGAUCAUGAGCUUGGGUCCAGCGUUGACGCCCAGAGGUAGCAGCAGCAGCAGCGGCGGCGGAUCUCGAAGGGCAGGAAAAGAGGUAGACAACAUUGUAGUCACCAGCGAGUGAGCGUGCGAGCGAGCCCACCGCUCAUCAAGAGAUCAGUAGAUCGGAGACGAAUCCUGAGCCGGAGCAGGAGCAGGAGCAGGAGCAGGAGGAGGCGAAAUGGGGGCAGCUCCGUCGACCUUGGAACCCGAAACACCUCUGUACAGGCGAAAGCGUCGGAGAGGAUUUUCAAUACGUCGCCGCCUGCGGCCUUUAUGGAGAUUCUUCAGAAAAUUACGAUUGCGCAAAAGGAUGCGCUUCAUGUGCCUCAAGGGGGUUGCCAGCGGAAGGAAAUCAAUGGUCGGCCCUUGUACAGGAGGAAUUAGCAACAAGAUCAGCGUAGUGGAUGAUUGGGAUUGCAUAUCAGAGGCGGCGGUGAUCGAAAGGCAGAAGGCCGGAGAUUGGUGCCUGCUGCCGGGAUUACCUCACGAAGUGGCCAUCCAGAUUUUGGCCAGAGUGCCACGCGUGGACCAUUGUUUGCUACGAUCGGUUUGUAAACCGUGGCGGUGGACGCUGGAGACGAAAGAGUUUCUGGAAUUGAGGAAAAAACUAGAUUGCACCGAGGACUGGCUCUAUCUGCACGUGGGCACGUCGCCCCGAUUGGACGAGCGACGAGACGGCAAGAGCUCCCGCUGGAGAAUGGUCGGCGGCUUCAGCUUGUGGCACGCCCUGGACCCUUAUCAGUACCGAUGGCACGCGCUUCCGCCCAUCCCCUACGACUUCAAUGUCACGGGCGGCCGUGUGGUUCUCGGCGCGUCGUCCGUCGUGUUCGAUGGCAAUCUGUACGUCGUCGGAGGUGCUCCUUUCGGCAAGCCGGCCAUCAGGGACAUGUGGGUGUACAAUCCGCUGAAGAACAAGUGGAAGAAGGCGGCGUCCAUGGUGACGCCGCGGUUCGGGGGUCUGGUGGGAGUGAUACACAACAAGCUGUACGUGGUAGGGGGGUCGGGCAUAUGCCACCUGACGGGGUACUCGCUGCCAUGCCUGGAGGUGUAUGAUCCGUCGACCGACAGCUGGAGGUUCGCGGCCAGCGCGCGCGGGGUGGCCACCAAUUACCCUUGCAACCCGCUGAAGUACGCCGCCGUGGUGGACAACAAACUGUGUGUCAUCGGACCGCAGAGCCUCACAGGGCGCAUAAACUCUGGGAUGUACGACCCCGCGACGGACCUCUGGUCGGAGAUCACUCCGGGCUUGAAGCUGGGCUGGGGCAAGCCCAGCACCGUCAUGGAUGGCACUCUGUACACGGUGGACUUCGGCUGCUACCAGCAGUACAUCGCCGAGAAAGACGCCUGGCUCUCCGUCAAGGGCCAGAGCCCAGAGACGCUGCUGGAGUGGGAUCCCCGCCUGGUGUCCACCAUGGCCGGCUGCAAUGGCAAGCUGUAUAUGGUCGGCACCAUGGGCCCUGCUCUCAUCGUCGUCAUUGCCCCCGUCAAAGAUGGCCGCGUCAGCCAGAGCGUGCGCUGGCACACCAUGAAACUCCCCACGGGAGUGGACUUCCUCGGCGAUCUGGGCCAUUGUUCAUGCCAAGUCAUCGGCUUUUAGAAUCUAUUCCGCUUCGACUGCGACUGCAACUGCGACUGCGUUGCUUCCUUGCAUUCGGUUUAGCCUGUGUCUCUGUGACGAUAAUUUGUGGCCGUGGUUUUUCUUGCGGUGUCCGAAGAGUUCCUUGAGAAUAGAAGAAUCAUGAUGAUGAUGGCGAUGGUGGUGGUGUGGAUUCGGGGCCUUCGCUCCUGUUCGAGGGUGAGGGAGAUCGAGGUAGAUAAACUAGGACGCACUUGCCCGUCUGGAUUUCUCACCAGAAAAGAAGAAUCGAAUGUACGUGCCCUUGGUUAUUCUUGUCAUGGAAUCAUGGAAUGUGCCUCAUGCGGCUCGUGGUCUAAUGGUUUUGCUCAUACAGGGUUCCGGAUCCCGGGCUGCAUGUGUCGAUUCUGUGUAUUUCCCCAUGUGCAUGUGGCUGGCAUUCUCUGUUGCGCAGAAGAUUCUCAUCAUCCUGAUUCGAUUGAUGUUCACUCGAGGAAGGAGCCUGAACGGAGGCCUUGCGGAUCGAGCUACUUCCUCAAGUUUACGUCAUUUGCUGUGAGAUGAAGUAAGACGAGGGCGGUGGUGGAAAGAGCUCCAUGCCCACGGUAGGCACGAAAUGGAGUUGGAAAGCAGAUUUGGGGACGUCCGCUCGAUUUCAAUGAGAAUAUGCAGUGACAGGUGUUGGACGCAACCAGAGCUGAAGUCAUUUGUGUCCAGAUCUGCACGCACGGCUGAGACUCAAGGAUGCAUAGAGUUCAUCUGGAGCUAGUCUCUGAAAGCUGUUCUAGCAUCAACUUUGUGGAGUCCGGGCUCAUCACGAACCCACUGCGCAUUCCUUCAUGGAAGCUAUUUCUCACCUACUGAAGGUUGCGCUCUCUCGGAACACGACCGACCCUUUCUCUCAUGCCGAGACGAGAGGUAUUCGUGAAGCAGGAGAGAAAAUCUACCAAUGUUUUGCCGGAGGGUGCAUGCCAUAUGCAACGACUAAUCGGAUCUCAACAUCAUAGUUUUUCUUGGGAGCAGUGAGUGCCAGAUCGAGGUAUCGGAAAGUCUAGCCUGGGCUCGACUCAACUGUCCUUCAUCGUUUCGGUACUCAGAGUUAGCUCAACAAUCGCACCGGUGCAGCACGAACAUGGCGUAGUUAUUCAGACAGCCCACGGCUGAAUGCAUGCGCAUGCAGGCUCCGGCUAUGGCUCGUUUGUUGUAUCCACACACAUCAAACAACCCAACCGUCAUCAUUAUAGCACUGAAUUGUCCAUGUGCGACUACAGUAGAGUAACUCUUAAAAGGCAACCUUCGAUCCCGGCCUUGGACUUCUGAGCCUCCGGAGUCCCUUUUCACAUGGAUCUCACAUGGAAACAGUGCCUUUGUUGCGUCAUGAAGACGAUCAUUCGUCACGUGCAGGAAGGUGAACUCGUACACAUUGUGGAGCUGUUCUAUUUCCAGCCUCUGCUCUGCUCUUCUGGAGUAAAGUGGUCACUGGUGAGUUCCAAGCUGCAAGUCUGACCACUUCUGGUUGGCGUCCAUCACAAUGUCUGAGACAUGGCUCAUAAGUGCAGCACGUCCUAAGAGUGAUGGUAUUUGUUCCUCACCUCCCUGGUAUACCUCCUUCCUUGUUGUUUAGCGUAUACCACCUGGUAGGUGAAACGUACAGUUCACGUUCGUUCAAUAUGAAGAUUCUGAUUUGUAAAUAACCACAAUUCAACCACACAUUCAGGUUGAAUGGCCGGUCUGGUCUGCUGGACCUACUUCUGCUUGUAAAUACAAGCAUGUCUCUUGUGCUAAUAUGGAAAGGACGUCUUUAGAAGUAGGGUCGAGCAACCAGCAGUCUCACACAGAGGACAAGAAGGCACUGUAUUUGUAGCCAGAAUUAUCGUGUUUGUCGACUAAAAAACAAACCAGAUCAAAGAAUAAAGAUCGCAAUUAAGAAGUUAUACAGUCGACUUUUGUAUCAUGGACGAUGUAAAGUUCACAUCGAGCCCUCGGAUCGGGCGAACAUAGUUGAGAUUUUGGUGAAAUGAGAGUGAGUAACAAACGAAGGCAUUGAUAUAGACCCUUUUCAUGGAUCACGAUUUUAAACUCUCGCUCUCAUUUUACUGUCAAAUAGAUCCGC